CGCUAUACUUAUUUGCAUCCAUUUUUAAAAAUUAGUUUGCUAUUGUAAGAUAGCAUGAAAACACCCUGUAUCUUCAAAACGACGAAUAAAAUUAAAAAAGGAUAUAAAGUAAAUUUUUAAUUUGAAAUAAUCAAUUUCAAACAAGAAUAUUAAAAAGUCAUAAAGUGGUUAUAUUUCAAUGGAUGCCUACCGAUUUCUUUAUAUACCUAAUAUAGGUUAAUGCGUCAGAAAUAAAUGCUUUGUUACAAUUCGAGCUCUUUCAUUUUUAUAAUUGGUGAAAUCAUAAACAAUUAAACAAAAAAAAAAUAUAUAUAUAUAUAUAUAUAUCUUCGAAAAAUCGUAUAAUUAUAUUUAAAAGAAAUCAAAUCAAUACAUGUAAAUACAAACAUACAAUGAGUUCUGAUAAUGAAGAAUUAAUGUUGACAAACGAAGAAGAUGAUCUUUUUGAUGAAAUAUUAUGUAUGAGUACAAAUAUAAAGACGCAUGCACAAUCGAAGAAGCAUGUCAAAAUAGAGGAUAAAUCGACAAAUAAAAAUAAUUGUACAAAUGAAUCAGAAGCAAAAGAAUUGAAAAUUCACAAUGCGUCGCAAAUUAAAAAAAAUGAUAAUAGCGGAGAAUGUCCCAAAUAUAAAAGUAUCGAACAAUCUGACAAAUUUGACGACAAUGUACCAUCGAUUCAUUCAAAUGUAAACAAAAGGCCAAGAGAUACAACAUUGGAUACACGAAAUCCUAAAAUAUCAUGCCUUAAACAUCGCGAUGAUUCAAGUUCUACAACUAAUAGUACAAAAAUAUAUCCAAUAGAAAGCAAUAAAAAACGUGUAGAAUAUGAAACCGAUCCUGCAAUACUUGCACGGAGACAAAAAGAAAUAGAUUAUGGAAAAAAUACUAUUGGAUAUGAUCGAUACAUUCAAACCGUUCCUAAAGAGCAACGUACAAGAGAUCAUCCAAGAACUCCUCCAAAAUACAUUAAAUAUAGCAGAAGAGGAUGGGAUGGAAUGAUUAAAUUAUGGAGGAAACAGCUUCAUUAUUGGGAUCCUCCGCAAGAAAAUGAAAGUACUGAACAAUGAUAGUUAAAUAAAGUUGGUCAUUUUUAUAAGAAUACAAUAGAAAUAAGGUAUUGAAAUAUAAUUAAAACAGUAUUAUGUUAUGAUAAAUUAUGAAAACUAUAUACAAAAGUGUUCAUAAAUAUUAUCAUUUUAAUUUCACUUCAAGUUUCUUAAGUAUAGUAUCUAGUUUUUGAUUAAUAUUCUGUUCAAUUUCAUUUAAUCUGUGCAUAGUUCUUUUUUCCAUUUCAUGAAAUUUAUUAUUAAUAUAUGUUUCAAUGUUUGUAAUUUCUACAUUUUUACAAUCAUCUUCGCAAUUAAGAUCCACUUUUUUGGUCUCUUCGGUUAUAUUUUUAUUAUUAUUUUGUAUUUGUAAAGUAUUGGAAAUGAUAAGAUUUUUUAAAGGUAUAAUUUCAUCAUUUACAGGAUUAUUUUCUUGUUUAAAAGAUUCUAA